UAACCAGCACGAUCAUCUUCAGCGUCAUCUCUGAAAAUGCCAUAGUUCCUCCCUCUACCAAGAGCUUUCAUUGAUUGUGCCAUCAUAAUCACUAAAUUAGAACCACCAAACCCUAACACACUCCCAAUUACUACCUUUUGUCUGUAUCGUACAACCCUCAGAUGUGAAAUGGCUGGCCCUCUACUUUGGGACAUUCUGCUUCAUAGCUCUCAAUUCCAAAACUUCCGGCGUUUUGUGGCCGGAAUCUCCGUGAAUGUGACGCCUCAUCGCUUAUUCUGUAGUGCCCCCACCAUCCGAAUUUCGGCACAGACAGGUGAGGAAGCAAGCCAUGCUGAUCAAAUCUCGAAGCUACAGGAUGACCCUGAUAAUGAGGAAUGGAAGGACAAGGCAAAGGAGAUCGUCAAGGACAUUGAUCCCAUCGUUAGGCUAGCCAGGGAUAUCCUUCACUCGGGAAGGUACAUGGUUGGAGAGCAAUUGACAGAUGAGGAUGAGAAAGUUGUGGUAGAGAAACUUCUUGUUUACCAUCCACAUUAUGAUGAUAAGAUUGGAUGCAGUCUUGCGUCAAUUAUGGUCAGACAUCAUCUCGUGUUUAACUACUCAAAGUGUCUUUUUGUUGUAAGAACUAAUGGUGAAUCGAUUGACUUCUCCUACAAUAAGUGCCUUCAUGAGUACAUUAGAAAUAAGUAUCCAUCUCAUGCAAAAAGGUUUAUUCAAGAACAUUUAAAGCAUGGUAGUGUUGGUGGCAGAGCUACAUAUAAGUGAGUUUAGACGAACUGACCAAGAAAGAUAUAUUUCUAUGAUACUGCUCCGUUGUUUGUUGAAAAUGAUAUCCCUCGCUAUUGGUGGCACUGCCUGGUGGAGUGCUUGCCUCUGUUUCUAAUCACAAUAAAAUCUAGAAAUACGGUA